CGCGAAGGUUUCACAUCCCUUCUCAAGUUUGGUCGUUUAAUUAUGAUAAACUGAAAAAGGGUUCUGUAACCCUACUCUCUUAGCCAUUGAUCCAUCUACCAUUGAGGAAGGAUAAGUUAGCAAAUUGUUUUAGAAUUAAGAUAAUUUCCUUCUGGUUUGUAAUUCGCAAUAAUUGUUGAAGGUUGUUCCUUGUCUUCCAUGAGAAAUUAGAAAAAUUUUACAAGCUUGUGUUUCAGUCUGGUACAAAUUGUACUGUAGUCUAUUCCCGAUUUAUGGGAGCUCAAACUUGGAUGGCAAUGACAUAAUUGAAUCAUCAGAUAGAGGAUUUACAUCUAUUUUACUAGUUUAAUUUGGGUCUGAAAGGCCACAACAGAAGAGGGUUCAGGUCCAUAAACUAGGAAGGUCUUGAACAAGAGGCCACCAUGGCAGCUUCUGCUUCAGCAUCAGCAUCUCUCAAAGAAUACCUGAAGAGGUACACAAAUGAUAAUGAAGACGAGAAGAAAAAGAAGAAGAAGAAGAAAAAGGUGAAAGCAAAAACGAAUGCAGUGGGUGUUCUUGUUGUGGAUGAAGAUCCGGUCUGGCAAAAACCAGUACAACUUGAUGAUGAGAAAAGUGAGGAUGAUUCUGCAGAUGAAGAAAAACCCCAAAUUGAUGAAGACAUUGAAGUCAAGCGCCUGAAGAGACUCGAGCAAAUUCGAUCUCAGCGUCCCUACCAUGCCAUUUCUGAGGAUGGAAGUGGCUGGGUAUCGAUUUCUGAUGCACCUAAACAAGCAAAACCCACUCAGCAAGAUUCUGAUAUUUCCCCUCCUCGCCAACGAAGGGCACGGUGUGAUACACCUUCACCUUCACCUGAAUUGAACGGCACAAGUUCUGGUCAUGAAGCUCCUGAUUUGUCACCACCACGACAGCGGCGGGUUCGGUAUGACACACCUUCGCCUGAACCUAAACUCAAGCACACAGGUUCUGGUAGUGAAGCUCCUGAUUUGUCACCACCACGGCGGCGACGAGCUCGGUAUGAUACCCCUUCCCCGGAACCUGAACGGAAGCGUACACGUUCCGGUAAUGAAGCUCCUGAUUUGUCACCGCCACGGCAGCGACGGGCUCGGUAUGAUAUCCCUUCCCCGGGACCUGAACGGAAGCAUACACGUUCUGGUAAUGAAGCUCCUGAUUUGUCGCCGCUGAAACAGCAGCGACGGGCUCGGUAUGAUACCCCUUCCCCGGAACCUGAAAGGAAGCGUACAUAUCAUGGCAAUGAAGCUUCUGAUUUGUCCCCACCACGGCGGCGACAGCAGCGUUAUCAAACACCAUCACCUGAGAAUGAACCAAAGGCAUCGAACUCCGUAAACCCAGACCAUGACUUGUCCCCACCUCGGCGCUCCCGUUCUCAAACACUGACGGAAUUUCAAAGGAAGAAUUCGGAGAGGACUGAUUCGCCCUAUCUUUCUCCCCCAAGGAGAAACAGGAAGGAUACUGGGAGGAAGAAUUUGGAGAGGAUUGGUUCAUCUGAUUUAUCUCCCCCUCUGCGUACUCAUCUUGGUUCACCAGAUAAGGGUGCACCCCGAGUUUCAUUGGUGGGAAAUCUUUCUCCUCCAAGGAGAAGCAAGAAGGGUUCUGAGAGGGCUGAAUUACCUGACCUCUCUCAAGGAGUUUAUUCCCAAACAAUUGAAGCUGAUGCUUCUGUAGACCUUUCACCCUCAAGGAAAAGCCGGAAAGAUUUAUCCCCUGUGAAAGCAGGGCGGAGGUCUGGUUUGGUUAGUCGCGAAGCAUUUAAAGAAGAGGUUGCCAAAGUGCAGGAGGACUUGGCGAGGUUCAAAGAGAUUGAUCCUUCCAUCAGUGGAAAAGGUGCAGAACCCGUGUAUCGUGAUAAAGUAAAAGGAGUACGCAUCUCGAAGGAUGAAUUCUUAAAAUCACAAAAAGGAGAAGAAAAACCCAAGGAAAAGAAGUUAGAAUGGGGCAAAGGCUUGGCUCAGAAGAGGGAAGCUGAAGCUAGGCAACAGGAGUUAGAACUUGAGAAGGACAGACCAUUUGCACGUACCAGAGAUGAUCCAGAACUUGACAAAAUGCUGAAGGACAGGGUACGAUGGGGUGAUCCAAUGGCACACUUGGUCAAGAGGAAGCAUCAUGAACCGGUAUUAGAUGACCUGGGUGAUAAUGAGAAGAUGAAAGAAUCAGGUUUUAUGAUUCCUCAGGACAUUCCCAGCCACAGCUGGAUAAAAAGAGGAAUAGAUGCCACCCCGAACCGUUAUGGUAUAAAACCUGGGCGACAUUGGGAUGGAGUUGAUCGCAGCAAUGGAUAUGAAAAGGAGCACUUCAAAAGGAUGAAUGAGAAACGUGCAACAGAAAGAGAAGCCUAUCUGUGGUCUGUUUCCGAUAUGUAAUUGAAGGGAACAUGCAAAUAAUUUCCAAUUAUUGUGCCCGUACUGGGGAUACCGAGGGCUAAAUCUCACAAGAAAGUGCCGCAUACUGGAUGGUUGUUAUUGAUAACCACCAACACUCUUCUACCAUGAAUCCCUUUUCCACCCAAUUUUCAGGCGUUUCAGUUCGAGGAUAAUGUGUACAAUAUGUUUGAAAUUCUUGCAGGCUGAUAGAAGAAGCUGAGAAUCCAGCUUGGGGUGAGUGGACACAUUUUUGGAUAAAGUAUACUCUUAAAAACAGAGUGCAGAUCCAAUUGAGGUGGAGAGAAGAAUGUAUCAUGUAUGUUGUUAUUAUUGGUAAAAUUGACAUAGAUUUAUUGGAAGAAAUUAGAGAAAAAUGAGGGAUUGACUUGUUUGGAA